GGUCGUUCCCUCUUUACCCUCCUCCUGGCGUCAUGUCGGGCACUUGAUUUUUUUUUUUUCCUUUUAAAUUUCUCUUUAAGCCCUUUCCACCUUCCACCUCCCCCUUCAUUUCCCAGGUUGACUCCUCCCCCCCUUUUUCUCCGGGCUUGCCCAUGAGCCUCCUCGGGAACUACCGGAAAAAGACCGGCAACGAUGGUUAUGAAUCUUUGCAGCUGGUGGACAGUCACGGGGACUUCAGUACGGGCAGCGGUGCGGGAGGCGCCAAGUCGAGAGUGAACGCCGGGGCGGCCACACGCAGCCCCGUGCGGCUGCCCCCGGACCGCGCCAGCACCAUGGACAGCUCAGGUGCCUCUUCUCCAGACAUGGAGCCCAGCUAUGGGGGAGGUCUUUUUGACAUGGUGAAAGGAGGCGCAGGGAGACUGUUUAGUAACCUCAAGGACAACCUGAAGGACACCCUCAAGGACACCUCUUCUAGAGUGAUACAGUCUGUCUCCAGCUACACAAAGGGGGAUUUAGACUUCACUUAUGUUACCUCCAGAAUUAUUGUGAUGUCCUUUCCUCUGGACAGUGUUGACAUAGGAUUCAGGAAUCAAGUGGAUGACAUUCGAAGCUUUUUGGACUCUAGACAUCUUGACCACUACACAGUCUACAAUCUGUCACCUAAGUCUUACCGAACUGCCAAGUUUCACAGCCGGGUCUCAGAAUGCAGCUGGCCCAUUAGGCAGGCCCCCAGUCUGCACAACCUCUUUGCUGUAUGUCGGAACAUGUACAACUGGCUGCUACAGAAUCCCAAAAACGUGUGUGUGGUUCACUGCUUGGAUGGACGGGCAGCCUCGUCGAUUCUGGUUGGUGCUAUGUUCAUUUUCUGUAAUCUCUACUCGACUCCUGGCCCGGCUGUUCGGUUGUUGUAUGCAAAGAGACCGGGAGUCGGACUUUCACCAUCCCAUAGGAGAUACCUGGGCUAUAUGUGUGACCUACUAGCAGACAAACCCUACCGCCCUCACUUCAAGCCUCUCACAAUUAAGUCAAUUACUGUCAGUCCAAUUCCAUUCUUUAACAAGCAGAGAAAUGGGUGUCGUCCUUACUGCGAUGUGCUGAUUGGAGAAACCAAGAUAUAUUCCACCUGCACAGAUUUUGAGCGAAUGAAAGAAUAUCGCGUUCAAGAUGGAAAAAUCUUCAUUCCCUUGAACAUCACUGCUCAAGGAGAUGUGAUCGUUUCCAUGUAUCACUUGAGAUCAACCAUUGGGAGCCGGCUUCAGGCGAAGGUGACCAACACUCAGAUAUUCCAGCUUCAGUUUCAUAGUGGAUUCAUACCACUGGACACAACAGUUUUAAAAUUCACCAAGCCUGAGUUAGAUGCAUGUGAUGUACCAGAAAAAUAUCCUCAGCUGUUUCAGGUGACGCUGGAUAUAGAAGUACAGCCUAAUGACAAAGUGAUAGACUUAACCCCACCAUGGGAGCAUUACUGCACAAAAGAUGUCAACCCCAGCAUCCUCUUCUCUUCUCACCAGGAGCAUCAAGAUACCCUGGCCUUGGGAGGACAAGCACCAAUAGAUAUUCCUCCAGACAACCCCAGGCAUUUUGGGCAUGGUGGCUUUUUUGCCUCUCUCUGUUGGCAAGAUCAGAAAUCGGAGAAGUCGUUCUGUGAGGAGGACCACGCUGCUCUAGUGAAUCAGGAAAGUGAGCAGUCAGAUGAUGAACUUCUGACCCUCUCCAGUCCUCAUGGUAAUGCCAAUGGUGACAAGCAUCAUGGAGCCAAGAAGCCUAGCAAAAAGCAGCAGGAGCCAGCUGCCCCUCCACCUCCAGAGGAAGUGGACCUGCUGGGCCUCGAAGGGACUGAAGUGAAUAAGAACUUCUCUCCACCAGUGGCUCCUCCCACCAACUCAGAACUGCUGAGUGACCUUUUUGGGGGCAGUGGUGCAGCUGGGCAGGCAGGGGUGGAAGAUGUGUUUCACCCUAGUGGACCUGGUUCUACCCAGUCAACACCACGCCGUUCCACCACCUCUGCCUCUGCAUCUCCAACCUUAAGAAUGGGAGAAGGUGUCACCUUUGACCCAUUUGGGGCACCUUCUAAACCAUCAGGGCAAGAUUUGCUGGGUUCUUUCCUGAACACAUCCAAUGCUUCCAGUGAUCCAUUUCUUCAGCCUACAAGGAGCCCUUCACCUACAGUGCAUGCUUCUAGUACACCUGCUGUGAACAUUCAACCAGAUAUUUCUGGAGGUUGGGACUGGCAUGCAAAAUCAGGAGGAUUUGGAAUGGGAAGUAAAUCAGCUGCCACUAGCCCAACGGGAUCCUCGCACGGCACUCCUACCCAUCAAAACAAACCCCAGAAUUUGGAUCCUUUUGCUGACCUUGGAACUCUAGGUAGUUCUUCAUUCGCCAGCAAACCUACCACUCCAACUGGCUUAGGUGGAGGAUUUCCACCUCUGAGUUCACCACAAAAAGCAUCUCCCCAGCCAAUGGGUGGAGGGUGGCAGCAGGGAGGUGGCUACAGCUGGCAGCAGUCGCAGUCCAAACCACAGUCCGGCAUGCCGCACUCCUCACCCCAGAAUCGACCAAACUACAAUGUGAGCUUCUCAGCUAUGCCUGGAGGCCCGAAUGAACGUGGAAAAGGAUCUGCUAACUUGGAAGGAAAGCAAAAAGCAGCCGAUUUUGAAGACCUGCUCUCUAGUCAAGGUUUCAAUGCUCACAAAGACAAAAAGGGGCCUCGAACAAUAGCAGAGAUGAGAAAGGAAGAAAUGGCUAAGGAGAUGGACCCUGAAAAAUUGAAGAUUCUGGAAUGGAUUGAAGGCAAAGAGAGAAAUAUCAGAGCCCUUCUCUCCACGAUGCACACGGUGUUGUGGGCUGGGGAGACCAAGUGGAAGCCCGUGGGCAUGGCAGACCUGGUAACGCCGGAGCAGGUGAAGAAGGUGUACAGGAGGGCUGUGCUGGUGGUGCACCCAGAUAAAGCUACUGGACAACCCUAUGAACAAUAUGCAAAGAUGAUUUUCAUGGAGCUGAAUGAUGCCUGGUCUGAAUUUGAAAACCAAGGCCAAAAGCCUUUGUAUUAACUUAGGAGCUUUCGUAUCUCUGCUGCAGACCUGUGCUAAUGCUUAGUGUGUAUCGCAGUUCCAAGGUUUUCACAGAUGAACCAAAAACUCUAGUAACUUGUUUCCAGUACUAGGCUGUUAAGUUACUCGUGAAUUAAUUUCUCAUUGAUAAGGAGUGUAGAUGCUUGGUUUCUGGAAGUUCUAACCAGCAUAUAUUUAGAGCAGGAGAGAACUUUCAGUCAGAGGAUCUAGCUGAGUUCUCGCAUUCCAACCUGCUCUUUGGGGAGCCUAUUCAGUAUUUUGCAUGAGGGAAAAUGGAAAAUAGAGGCCACCAGAGAUGGAGGCUUAAUGGCAAGCUCCUUGUCUGGAAAUAUGAUUAGUGAGCAGAAAUUACGGGAAUAGGAGUACAUGAUGGUUUUAAAUAAUGGUUUUUAAAAUUUUUUUUAAAAAGAUAGAAUUUCAGCAGUGGCUUUACAGACUCCAGUAACACAACCAACAAGUUUUUUUUUAAUAUAUAAAAAUGAAAUGUAUUAUGACUUUUAGCAUAAUAUGGGAUAUACCUUUUGGUAAAAAGGCCUAACAAAAACAAAAGAACAUGAAUUGUUGAAAGUAAUUAUACUACAGAGUCAAUGAUCACCACCAAAUCUGCCUGGGCAAGUUAAAAAACUGGUGAAGAAAGCUGGGCGUCUGAAGACGCAGAAAUCUGUAGCUGGGCGCAAUUUUGGGCUGCUACUUUCCUUUCCCUUCAAGAACUGUGGUUGAGUAAGGCAAGUCUUAAUUCCAUAACAGCUCUAGACCUGAUUUGAAAGAAACUUCUGAAUUUGCCAUAAGACUUAACACUAUUCCUUUUGCUUGGGAAAAAAGAACCUUCUUAUCUAGAAAGAGCUUGUAAAGCAGUGGGGCCCAUUCAGUUUUCCAGGACCAAUAUCUAGUUUGAGCUCUGUGUUCCCUAGGUUUUGGAGUGCUUGUAGGUGAAGACUAGGAGACAACAGCGAGAGUCCUAGUCACAAGAAAGGGAUGAUAGCAGUGAGAGCUGGCACAUCCGCAGCUGAGCCAGGUGGCUUGUCAGUAUUUGGCCAAAUCAAGUGACCUUCACUCCAUCUGAAGCAUAUGGAUCCUGUGGAUUACUACAGUGGGGUUUGCUACUUAAAAAGUUGUAGGGGGCCCACAGCAAUCAUAUUCACAUGGGAACCUUUGUGAAAGGCAAGCAAGAAUGAAAUCUUUUCAGACCCUAAACUAGCUGGAUUUCAACUCAGUGUGGUGGCUGCUUUUCAUUGUAAGAAGUAUGCAAUUUGCUGUCCUGUGGCUUGAAUAGAUCCCUUUGGAUGCACACACACACACACACACACACACACACACACACACAGCAGAUGGGCAUAAAGAAUGUCAUGCUAAUCUUAAAAAGCUUAUGUUUAGUGUUGUGAAAAGCUUUCAAACGUUACUUUUAAAAGACAAUCAUGUUUUCUUUCCGUUUAUUUAUUUAUUUUUUUUGUGGCAAACUGUACCAGAAAUGCAGCAUGUCAAACCACUUUAGGUUCUGUAGAGCUCUCUCACUCUUUGCUUCCUCUUUCUCUUUUUGGUUAUAAAGGUUCAUUAUUUGUUUUACCCUUCACUGACAAUGUGAAACUCGCAGAAAAAUUUUCUUUUUAAAUAUACAGCUGUAAACUGUUCAGGAUAACCAUAACUAGGUGUUAUUUAUUAACAUACUAUAAAAUAAUGUUUGGCCAAGUAUGUGCUUGUCUUAUUUAAAAUUGGAAUGUGAGACAUGUUGCUGUGACCUGUUUUUUUUUCUUGUUUACAUUUGUAGAUAUUGUGUGAACUACAGUAUAUAGCGUUAAUAACUAAAGGACAUUAUGUGGAUGUCACAUACAUUUUAAAAUGGUAGAUCUCUAUUAGCUUUGUAUCAUGUUUGGAUAAUCCAUCAUGUUCACAGUUUAAAACCAUCAUUAAACAUUAUGUAAUUAGCAAUGAGAAAGAACCUCACUUACCUAUAAUUUGGGAAUUCCCCCAAUCUCUUUCCAGAUGAAUUGUAACUCUGGACCUUAUAUAUCUCAAAACUGACAACGUGUGCAGACACAACAGGUGUUUGCAUUUCUUUUAAAUAACUGGUUGUGACAGAGCUUGUUGUUGAUCAGAUUCACCAUUUCAUUCAUAUUUAUUAUAUUUUUUGUUUUGUAAAUAUGUUACACAUAACAAGAUGUGAUUGGUCUAAAAUAUUUGUAAUGUAUAUUAAAAGGCUAAAAA